GAGCGACCCGUAGCCAUGCGCGGCCUGGAGGAGCCGGGGCCUCGGCCCACAGCGACCCCGUGCGGGUGCGUAAAGCCAUCCCUGGAGACAGGAAUUGUAAGCCAAAAUAAGAAAACCAGAAAUUCAUUGCUUCAUUUCUCAUCUCUUCAUAGUUUGGAUCCCUGGAAUCUAUUAACUGAGCCAAUUGGCUAUUUGGAAUCCUGUUUCUUGGCCAAGAAUGGUACACCAAGGCAACCAUCCAUUUGUAGCCAUUCUCGGGCCCGUUUAAGGAUUAGAAAGAGCAUCUUUAAUAAUCCUGAACAUUCCUUGAUGGGCCUGGAACAGUUUUCCCAUGUUUGGAUUUUGUUUGUUUUCCACAAAAAUGGUCAUUUGAGCUGUAAGGCCAAAGUACAGCCCCCUAGGCUGAAUGGCGCAAAGACUGGCGUAUUUUCCACACGGAGCCCUCAUCGUCCCAAUGCCAUAGGACUGACCCUGGCCAAGCUGGAAAGUGUGGAAGGGGGAGCUGUUUACCUAUCCGGAAUUGAUAUGAUACAUGGCACACCUGUACUGGACAUAAAGCCCUACAUAGCUGAUUAUGACUCGCCACAGAAUUUGAUGGAGACUUUAGCAGACUUUGAUUUACAGAAUAACCAACCUAAACCAAAAACCGUGUCCCAGUGUGAAGGCAGUAAUGACAGCUGUGAUCAGCAACAGCUCUCAGGAUGCAGUGAACCCCAGCCCCACUGUGGCACUGAGGAGGAACCUAAAUAUCUUGAAGAUAGAACUUCAGAAGAAAACUACCUGAAACGUGACAACACAGCAGAAGGCCCGCAAACCUUGCCUAAGCACAGAGAGAGAGCAACGGAUUUUGAUUUGGAACCAACAAAUGAUCAGAGUCCUAGUGUGACAGAAGAACAGUUUGUCCUGCGUGGCCUAGAAAAUAGCUGUCCAGAGGAAGGUACAAAUGAGGGGCCAAAGAGUGAGUAUGGAGCAGUGGUCCUGCAAGGGAGCAGCGUAGAUAUGCAGCCUGCACCUCCUCCCUGCAGGGCCAGGAUGGCUGACAGAGCGCCCUGCAGUGUGGUUCCUGCCUGGGUGAGAGAGGCCCCUGCAGCCCCUUUACAAGUGCGGUUUACUCCUCAUGCAGAGAAGGAACUGCAGCAGCUCAGUUCGGGAGGUGAACCAGGUUAUUUGGUUUCACCAGCCCACAGCAGAUCCCAGGUAGAAAUCUAGAAUGAAGGAAGGGACUGUUCAGAAGUAGGAACAGUGAUGCCAGUAAGAAGCAGCCUGUUGUCGAGAAGACGUCAGACAACAAUGGUGGAAAGCUGUUCUUUGUAUUUCAUCCCAGUAAAGAUCCAAAAUAGUCACAUAAAGAAGGAAAUACUUCAUUGAUUCUCCAGUUAUGCACUGAACUUCUGGGCACCAGGCACUGUUCUUGGUUGUUGGGAUAUAUCAAAUGAUCAAAAACGAUGAAGGGAUUCCCUGCCUUCCUGGAACUUGAGAAGCACACUAAAAGCCUAUUGUACAAAACCUAGAAAAACAUCACAUGAUGCUAGACAGCUAUAACGACUGUAGGAAGAUGUAAAAAAGAAUAGAGCAGGCUCAGGGCGUUGCAGUUUUAAACAGUGGCCAGAGUAGAUCUCACUGAAGAGGCGCAUAUGGGCAGAGGCAGAAGAGGUGAAGAAAGCCAGCCUUCUGGUGGGAGGUCCUGCCAGCCUGUGGGAGGCACGAGGCAUGGGCAAGGCCGUGUGGCAGAGUGGACUGAGGACGGGCAGCGUGGAGGAGCUGAGGGCAGAAGGCUGCAGGGAGGGCAUGAGGGCACGAGGGCUCUAGAGGACAUGAAGUUUUAUCUUGGGAGAAGUGGAAAGCAGAGGAACUUGACCUCAGUGUUCCAGACAGCAGGGGUCAUCUCUGGAGUCAGGUCACUGCCCAGUUGGGUAAUAAGUGAUUUCUGGGACGACAGUGGCAAGGUGGAAUUCCUUAAUCAGACAGUGAAGACUUUCAUUCCAUAUUCAGAAAAGAAAGGCUUAUGAAACCAGAGACAUUAGAUUUCCCCAGCUUUAAAAGGAGGGAGAGAAGAAAGAGGGCAGGAGGGUGUUUGGAGUGGAGCCUGAAAGAAGUCCUCUGAAUUGGAACAGUCUCAAAAAACGGGCUGGUGACAAGUGCCACAACCAGCUCUGGAGGUGUCCCAGUUUCUUCCUGUCAGGGCCAGAGCCAGACGACACUGUGGCGCCCCUUCCUCUGGAUAAGGCAGCAGGUGCUGGCUAGGCAGCACUCUUCUGCUCCAGUCCAAGAUCCUGUUCCAACUGACCUUCCUCCUCUAGCACCUGCACAGUGAUGAAUGUAGCAGGGUUCAGGGCUGGCACAGAAACAUGACAUGAGGACGGUCGGCACCUAGGAGAGCGAGACGUUGGGGGCGGGGCUUGGGGCCUGGCGCCUGCGCAGAGGUCUGGGCAGAGGCCGGUGGGCUUGGAGGGGCGAGUGUGAAUUGGGUUCGAGGGCAGGAGAUGUGGGAAGGCUUCCUUGAGGACACUGUCCCUGAGCUGUUGGGAAGGAUGGGAUUGGUAGGUCAGGAAUGGAGGGCAGGGCACUCACACCAGGUUGGCCACACAAAUGCUUCUGAAGCAUUGUUGUGGGGACUGUAAUGGACUCUUUCUUAGGUGGCCUUCGGUGUUAUUUGAUGUGCUGUGCAGCUGGGAAUGCAGCUCUGUGAUAGAGCACUUGCCUAGCAUGUGAGCCCUGGGUUCAAUCCCCAGCACUGCCAAAAAAAAGAAAAAUAACUUAAUGAUUUUAUGAACCAUACCAUGAAAGAAUCUUAUAACUAUAAUUGGUCCUUGUUUUUUCAUUAAAUGUGUGCUUCAUGGACAGGAGGAUUGCAAGUUUGAGGCUAGCCUCAGCAACUUAGGGAGACCCUCUCUCAAAAUAAAACACUUUUUUAAAAAGAGUGGGAUGUAGCUCAGUGAUAAAACACCCUUGGGUUAAAUCUCCAGUACCAAAAAACAACAACAAAAUUGAAUCCACUUUUGAGGAGGAAUGACAUUGUUACAGUAUAUGCCUUCCUGGAAGGGGCUAUCCUUGAUUUAAGUUUGAAAAUAUUUUGUUUUUUAAAAUUGAUAUAUAUUUGAACAGAUACUAACAUGGGACGUUUUGCCCUUGAGAGGUAAGUAUCUGUGUAUCUGAAAUAUGCCCUCAGGCAGCUUCCUGGAGAUGCCUUGAACUUUCUCAGUGUGCCUGUUUCACUUUUGUCCUAGAACUCUCUCCUGUCUCCAUUUCUUAGGUCCUCUCUUGCCUAUAAGCUAGUACCAGAGGUAUGUAUGAGUUUAGUUCACUCUCUUGGCUUUUGCAGAAUGCUGGAACUGUUAUGUAUUUUCUUGACUGUGUCUCUGUUCUAAGAGAAAAAUGACAAAGAAUUAAAGUCUACAUUGAGUAUAGAAAAAGUGGCAUUUUGAUUGACAUAGAAUAAAACUUACCCCUCCUAGUUAGGAGUCUAAUGAAAUACAUCACCAUGGUUUUUUUUUUUUUUUUUUUUUUGUUAUUGUUCAGUAAAAUAAAAAUUGGGGGAUGCUCAAGUUAAAUCUAAUAUCAGUAAGUACUACUUAAAGGCGAAAUUCUCUGUAAUGACUGAAUAGGUCCAAACCCUGUUCUUCUCAGGAACCUAACCACAUUCCAUAUCAAAGCUUACUGUCAUGAAAUUCGACCUGCAUAAUUUUGAGUAUUAAGUUGCGUUCUUCUCGUUGCAGGUGUUGAUCAAGCAUCAUUUAGGUAUUUUCAAUCAGCCAAGGAAGUUAGGCAUGCAAUUGAGGCUGUGCUGUCAGCCGAUCCUCGGUCUGUGUAUCGCCGCAAGCUCUGCCAGGACCGCCUUUUCUACUUCACUAUAGAUGUAG